AUGGCACUAGAGUCAAAUUCUGGACUGAUACUUGGAUUGCUUGACAAAGCUGAAACUGUGUCAAAUUAUUUUUCUACGACUGGUUGGAACAUUCAGAAACUCCUGCAGGCUCUUCAACCGGAAGCCGUUAUGCAGAUCAUCAGUAUUCAUGUAGAUGUUGACGGGAAUAUACCUGAUACUUGUAUAUGGGGUCCCUCUUCAAAUGGAGUCUUUUCUGUAAAGACUACUUAUGAGUUAUCUGCCAGGUUUAAUGAAGUCACUGGUUCUCCUUGGAAGUUUAUUUGGAAUUUGAAGAUCCCUCCCCGUGUUAAAAUGUUCACUUGGCUUCUCACUCAGAAAAAGAUCUUAACUAAUGUGCAGAGAGUAAGAAGGCAUCUUUCUAGAGACCCUUCUUGUCCUCUCUGUCACUACCAUGAGGAGUCGUUACAGCAUCUCUUUAUCUCCUGUCCUCGUGUUCUUGCACUUUGGAGAUCCUUCUAUCUUCCUGAAAGAUUGAUCAAUUUCUUUGCCUCUGAUUUUGAUAGUUGGUUGAAGGAAAAUUUGUGUUACAAUGCUGGGCAUAUAAGGAAUUUGAAGUGGUCUAGUAUUUUUGCUGUUGCUUGCUGGUUCAUUUGGAAAUGGAGGUGUCGUUCUAUCUUUGAGCCUCAUUUCCAAAUGCCUUGUCAUCCAAAUCAGAUUAUUGUUGAGUAUCUUCUGGAAUGGGAUAAGGCUACUAACCUUGUAAAGAAGGCUACCUCUCAAACUCAGAUGUUUCUUGCUUGGCAGCGAGACCUUGUGGCUUCUUUAAGAGGUAUAAUUAGGAACUCUGAUGGUAACUGGAUAGCAGGUUUUUCUGCUAAUCUUGGUCAUGGUGAAGUCUUUGUGGCUAAAGCUUGGGCCUUAUAUUAUGGUCUUAAUCUUGCUUGGCAGCUGGGUUUGCGCCAGAUUAUGGUUAAUUCUGAUUCUGCCCUUGUUGUUGAUAUGAUUAAUGGAGAUUGGGUGGACUCUCAUCCUAUGGCUGUGUUACUUACCAAGUGCAAAGAACUUUUGAAAAAUCAGUGGAAUUGCUGCGUUCUUCAUGUCUAUAGGGAGACCAAUUUUGCUGCAGAUUUCCUAGCUAAGCUGGGUCAUCAUAAGGAUUUGGGUUAUCAUGAGCUCUCUUCUCCUCCUGAUCAAUUGCAGCCUAUUUUAGAUGAUGAUAAGAAUGGUCUCUUGAGGCCUAGAUUUGUUCCUGUGUAA